AACGCUAGACAGUCUAAUAUUAGUUCAUCUGGUUUAAAUAAACUAUUUAUGAUAAAGAAAUAAAUAAACUAUUUUCCCUUGUGAAAUAUGCUAAUAAAAGAAUAGCCAAAGACUUUCGCUUGAGUUAAUUAACAGAUUCCUACAAUAUCUCUUUGAGAAGUGUUAUAUUAUAAAUAAAAAACGACAGCCCCCCAUCAUCGACCAACGCAAACAAAAAAGGGGUAUAUGGAAAAAAUGGCCACCAGCGAUAUAAACAGCUCCAAUGAGCGCCACUAUUAUGCAAAACUUGAGGCAAUAAAAGAUAUACGUGACAAAACUAUUGCUUUAGAAAAGUUAAAGUUGAAAAUUAUCAAAGAAGUUAAAAUAAGUGAUGACGAAGAAAAAUGUCUUGAUGAAUAUCGCAAAGAAAUGGAGCAUUUGCUGGAAGAAAAAAUGUCCCACGUCGAAGAGCUAAGACAAAUACAUGCAGACAUAAACGAUAUGGAAAAUAUUAUUAAGCAAACAAAAGAAAAUCAGACCCGUUCCGUUGAUAUGGCAAAUCGAGUUUAUGAAGAUUAUCUAGCACUGAAAUAUCAAAUAGACCAUAUGCGUCGUGAUUACUUGGGACUCAGUCCUUUACGUGAUUUGCAUGAAGAAGAAGGCAGCCCAAUUUCCAAGGACCGAUUCCAAACCAAUUUCUUGAAAGUUAGCGCCGCUGCUGCAGCUGCUGUUGCCGCUGCACAGCCUGCAUCCUUGGCACGACCUCAUCCCCGGCAUCCUCUAAUACCAGAAGCUACCGUCACAGCGUUGCCACCAACUGGUGGUGGUACUGGGCCAACUGGGGGUCAUGCUUUUAUGCCACCAGCCCCACCUGGUGCUGGAACGGCAGUCGCUGCGGCAGCUGUUCGUUUGGGUAAAACUGACUUUUCUGCUCCGCCACCACCUCCCCCACCUACAUCGCGCUUGCAGCAAUCUCCAUCAAUUGGCAUUGGACAUCAUCCGUCAUUCCGUUCUGAUUUUAACGUCAAUCUACGCCAACAACCGCCACCAAUGAAAUCGUGUCUUUCUUGCCAUCAACAAAUACAUCGUAAUGCUCCAAUUUGUCCAUUAUGCAAAGCAAAAUCUCGUUCCCGUAAUCCCAAAAAACCGAAGAAGAAAAAUAAUUAAAAUGUAAGCUCUACCGCAAAAUAUUACUGCUGGGCGACAGAAAAAAUGAGCUUCUCUAUGGCUUUUAGGUUAAUAAUAUGAUAUAAACACAUAUACGUAGGUCACACUGGAGUAGUUAGAGCCAACAAUGACUAACAGUAAGGAUAUCAUUCAGAUUUAUAUAUGAAAAUGGUAUUUAUCAAUUAACAGUAUUAUAUUAAACAAUAUAAUUAACACUUGAAACCAGUUUAAUAUAAGUGUCAUCAUGAUCAUUACAUUGGAUGUAGUUUUGUGAAUAUGUAUUUAUGUAAGUUCUUUUCAAAAUAUAUUUUUUUUAAGUAUUCGUAAUUCUAACUAAAUAAUUAUUUUUAAUACUAAGCUUAAAUGUCUCAAUUAAUUGUAAACUUAUCUUUGUAUAAUUUUGACUGAAACAAAAUAACAAUAUUCGUUUUUUAAUAAAUAUGCACUUAAAAAAUUAUACUC